AGCUGUAUGAUGCUUAAGCUUUUAGGACGAGCACGCAUUUCACAACAGUCUGCUUGUUUAGCACCACACAUGCAAAGUGGAGAGGGCUGCCAGAGCCAUCUUAGCUGACGGAGCAAACCUCCAUUUGUGAGCAUCAUGCCAUCCAGACCAGCUGCAGGCGUGCCAUGUACUGGGCCAUCUACGCCCUCCUCAGUCUGAGGUGCGGGAGCCUUUCCAGCGGAGUUCACGCAGGAGCAGCUGGGUGGGCUUUGCGCUUUGACGGCGUGGAUGACUUUGUAACGCUCUUGGCGGAGCUGCCGGGGCCGCCGUGCACCAUCGAGUUCUGGGUACAGCCUCUCGAACUGCGCAACGGCCUGGGGCAGGAGAUUGUGCGCUUCAACCGCUUCGGGGUGCUUUUGAGCCGGCACUCCACCAUUGGUGGGAGGGUGCUUCUGUCAGUGGAAUACCUGGGUUCCCAAGUCCUCUCCUACAACGCCACCGUAGACUUUGCCAAGCUAGAAGCAAGUCCUGGUGAUGUGUACCACUAUGCCAUGGUCAUGACUGAGCUUGAGAGCCUGAUUUAUGUUGACGGGGAGUUUGUAACACGAUAUUCAAUGACUCCAGCAGAUGUCAAAGCACUAUGGCAGCCUGAUGCACCCUUUCCAUGGAUGCUGGGUGCCAGAGUUCAAGAAAUAGGUGGCGAAUGGAGGACUGACGAUCGAUCCUUUGGAGGAUUCAUUGAUGAAGUCAGGUGGUGGAACAUCAAUCGCAGCCAACGCGAAAUACAAGAAAGUAUGUUCCACAUGGGCAUCCAAGAUGAUCCGCACCUGAUCCACUCCUGGAGUUUCGAUGAUCCAUUCCACACAGGCGCACCUGCCGGGUUUGUGCCUGGUUCUGGCAAUCGAUAUCGCUCACCAGAAUUUACGCCGUCGCCAUUUCGUGGCUUUGGGGCGCCAGUGGUGAUCCAAGCAAGCAUUGGGGACACCUGGCAAGCUGUCGAAAUUUGCGCCAGCUUCGACACGAUGCCAGAUGCCGUGCAGGGCAGCUUCCCGACCUUGCAGCACGGUUUGCUGAAAGCGCCAUGGGAGGCCACUGCGAGCAACGCCACGGUUGCCGUCAACUUGACAGAGGUGCGGAGAGGCGACCAUCUUACCCAACUCUGCGGUCACAUCAUGUUCCUGCCACGACUGCCGGGCUUUGAGGCUGUUACUUUCAACAUCACUAGCGGAGAACGGGAGACUUCAGCGGAGGGUGUGUUGCAUAUUCAUAUUCGUUUGAACCAUGCUCCUGUGGCCGGCAAGGCAAUGGCAGUCAAAACAGAUGGUAAGGCCAGCUAUGCAUUGCUGGGCCACACUCAGUUCUCAGCUGACCUCUCUUUUUCUUUGUGGGUCAAGCCGGAUGUGUUGACUGAAGAUGCCUACAUCCUUUCGCGCCAUUUGGUAUCAGGCGGAAACGUCCUUCUUUUUGGCUUCUGGCAAUUUCGCUACUACUUUUCACUCCGAUGUCGGCAAAGCUGCAAUGGAGGUCAAGAGACAGUGGAUGAGGCUUUCAUGCCUGCGGAGUCUGACAGCGAGUUGGUUUUGCAGACAGGCAUGACUAGCAAGCAGAUACAGGACGCGCGCAUUGAGCCACACCAUAUUGGGGUCACCUUGAAAUGCUUGACAUAUGGAGGCGGCGUUCCGGCGCGCUCCAGGCUAGUGAUGUACAGGAACGGUGAGAUGAUCUACCAGAACUCCAACUUUGCGGUGUGUCCUGAUACAGUCGAAGGCUCCGGCAAUCUCUCCUUCACCCCUUGGGAGCUGGGCGCGGAGUAUGAUGGGGCUGAAUGGGGCAAGCAUCUGGCAGGUAUGGGGGUGAUUCCGUCCAACUUCCUCCGCGCUACCUUUGACGAUGUCCGAUUCUUUGCAGCUGAGCUGACAGAGGUGGAGAUGGCGGAAGUCGCUGCCGGUCGGGCUGCAAGAGACGAUGCCUUGGUUCUCCACUACACCUUUGACAGUGACGACGAGUCUGCCUGCAUCUUCCGCCGCUUGGUGAACAGAAGCACGAGGUGCUUCAACUUCAACGAGGAGACGUGGCAGGUGGAUGCCAGCGCCCUGAUGCGAUUCCCAGACAUCAACUCCGGCAUUGGAGGUGCCCAUCACGUUCCUUCCCCAUUUCCGCUGAGAGGUGCCAUCGUCCACCACUCAAUACCUGAGAGGAGCUGCGCGCAGGUGGCGCUGGCAGCCUUUGAUGUGGACGGAGACGUUCUGGUGUUUCGCUUGCGCUCUGGCUCUGAGGGUGCCAGCUUGAUCGGCAGCACCUUGCGCUUUUGUGAUGCUCAGGGGGGCCGCCGUGACGUUGCGAUCGAAUAUGACGUUUGUGACCCUCACGCUUGUGCUUCCGAAGCUGCUGGCUGGGGUGUGCUAAUGCUGCACAUCUUCGACGCAGGGCCCGAGGUGGUGGCGUUUCAAUACUUGCCUGCAAGUCACCAGCUUCGCCUGGUGUUCGGCAACGACACCAACCAGCCGCACGUCGGUGGAGACUUGGAAAAGCUGUUGAGCAUAGGUAACCUUCUGGCAACAGACAUCAUGGAUGCUCGCUGGGAAACGGCGAGAGCACUACGCUUGUCUGUCAGGCCGUCCGUUCAGAUCACAAAUGCCACGGUAACUCUGAUCUUCAGCGGAGGUUUGCGGGAUGCAGCUGAAACCUCUUUCCCUUCCUUUGGGCUUGGGCCUUUGCUGGAGACGAUUCAGUGUCCAAAUGCCACGACCCUGCUUGCAGGGCAGCCUGACUGUCAGGGCUGUUUGGCCGGUGAGUUCCUGGAUGGAGAGAGCUGCAGACCGUGUUGGCCCGGCCGAUUUGCCGGCCCCAGGUCGGCCCAGUGCCAGGCGUGCCCUCGAGGAACCUGGCAAAGCCUGCCUGGGCAAUCUGUUUGUGAGAACUGCAGUCAAAGGAUUCGUGGCAGCAUCACGACGGAGCUUGCAACUGUAGACAUGAACUGCAUUUGCCCGGAGAGCACGUUUCUGGUGAGAGACACCCGUGGCUUGGCGUGCGAGGCGUGCGGUGAAGGCUUGUACUGCCCUGGAGGCAACCAGCCCCCACUUCAGGCAGCGGGUUUCUUUGCGAGAGAUGUCAAAAUCGAGCGAUCCAUCCUAGUGGCGCCGCCGCGGAUGGUUGCAUGCAUGCAGCUGAAGUGCCCAGAGCGCCGAACCCUGGGCACUUGCCCUGAUCAGCAGCAAGACUUGGCCUGUGAUGUCUGUCAAGACGGCUUUCAAUGGAGGAGCGACCGCUGUGAGCCGUGCACCUUCGAGGGAAACCUUGUGCUGAUCUUCUUGGCUGUCCUUGCAGCCCUCGCUUUGCUGGGUCUCACUUGGAGGAUGACAGGUCCGUCGAGCGACCCGCCAGUCUUCCACAGCGACGUAGCUACCAUUGCGGCAUUAUUCAACAUAAUUGCAAACAUCCUUCAAGCGUUGGGAACUGUUGCUGAGCUUCCACUCGCCUUCACCAGCAGUCAUGGCAGUCCCUGGAUCCUUGAAGCCAUGAAGUGGGUAAGUCUGAGCGCAGAAAUGCUGGGGCCUGGAUGCCUGCGUGUGAGCAGCGAGCCUUUUGUCCCGUAUUUGCUUUGUUUGUCAGCUCUUCCGGCAGUGCUGACUAUGUUGGUCGUUGCUGCCAAGACUCGUCAGUGGGUGGGCUCUCCUGUUAAUUGGUCAUCCGUAUUCAGCAGUCAGGGAAUAGUGGUGCUCCUGCUGUACUUGCCUGCAGCACGUCUUGCAGUAUUGCCCUGGCAGUGUGUCGCAAAUCCUGACCGGAGCAGCUCAGUAUAUACCUUCCGCUCAGUGCAAUGCUGGGAAUCAAGGUCUCAUGCAAUAAUGCGGUUGGCCUCCAUAGCCGCAUUCUGCCUAUUUGUGGCGACGCCUUUGGUAGCCAUACUUUGGGCUGUGCGCGUCUAUCCCACUCGGAUACAGCGGCCAGGGGGCAUCCACUUCAUGAUGCGCUGGCGAUUCGCAUUUGAUCGCUUCUCUGCGCAUAGUUACGGCUAUGCUGCAAUAUUCCUUCUGCGCAAUCUGGCGGUUGCCCUCAUCCCUGUAGUAUUUGUGAACUCUUCGCAUUUAAAUGUUCUUUUCCUGAGUCUGGUGCUGAUUGUCAGCACGGCUAUUCAGACGCAUUUGUUCCCAUGGAGAACCUACUUGCCAAACCUGAUAGAUGCAGCUGGCUCGAUCUUAGUAUGUGGACUUCUUGUUGCUUGCAUGUCAUUGCUGGAUUUACCGCCGGAUGCGGUCGAUUUCAUGUCCAGCUGGAUAGUCGGCCAAUUGGUGUUCAUGGUGUUCGUGUUUGCCCUCAUUUUCAUGUGCCAGCUUAUUAUGGCUUCUUGCAGCCGCAAGCUCUACCAUAUUUUCUUAAGCCAUCACAAAGCGGGAGCAGCUUCCUUGGCACGUUGGUACAAGACCUGCAUGAUGAACGAAGCAAGCGUGAGCAUAUUUUUGGAUUCUGAUGAUCUCCUCAGCCUGGACAGCCUGUUUGACACAAUUGCGCACAAGACCGGCAAUCUCGUGGUUUUGCUGACAAGGGAUAUCCUCUUCAGGCCGUGGUGCGUGGGGGAGGUGGUCUGCGCCGUCAAGUCGGGGAUUCAUAUCGUGGCCGUGGCAUGCAAUGACUUCGUGCCCCCGAAGUGCAACAUGCUGGAGGAGCUAGAAGAAGCGUGGACGCCCUCCGAGAAGAAUCUCCUGGCCAGCCACGGCAUCUCCAUGCGAGCGGUGGGACAGGCCCUGGAUCGCUUGGAGACAGUCCCAACGUUGGAGCUGGAUCGCUCUGCUAGUGAAGACUGUCAGCUGGAUGUGGUCGCGAGCACACUGAAAAGGCUUUGGCUGUCCAACCAUAAACCGCAACAAGGGUCGCGACUACUUUACACUUCAGCCUUGGUUUAUGCACUCCAGUUUCUUGAAUGCUAGUUCCUUUUUGCGAGUGCCUGGGCUGAGAGGGGCAUUGGUUGAGUCAGUUCUCACAACACCUGCAGGUGUCAGUUGAGCCGCGUCAACUUCGGGUGGUCGCCGGGAAAGUCUGCGCCUAGGCUCACUCAGACUCUUGGCGAAGUACGCUUGGUUAUAUUGAAUUCUUGGCAGCACGAAGCGCGGACAUGCUCCUUUCUGGUUCGCCGCAAGCUGAUGGCCUUGAUGGAUUUCUCUGUGGAGGUUCUGCAGGAGAAACAACUUGGAAUUCUGAAUGCUCGGAAUUUCCCAUUGCUGGACUGUGUGCUCGUGCUUCUGACCUCUGGCGUGCUUUCAGAAUUGUUUACUGCCAACGCACUUGUUCGGGCUAGGAAGAACUUUGCAGAAGUGGAUUUUGCUCCACUGAUGGCAGACCAAAACUAUGUUUUUCCAGACUCCGUGUUUUGGGCGAAGCUUGUGUCCGGCGAAGUUUUCUCUUCUUCGCAGCUGCUCCCGGGGCACACACUGGCGGACGUGAAAGCUGCCUACGAGCGGCUUCUAUCGACCAUAGCCAUGCGCUUUUCGGCGAAUGCUUCCGAGGCCCUGCAGAAGAUCGAGGUGUAUGAGGCGAGUCAAAAGCUGCAGCUUUUGAUCAAUUCGGCUCGAAAACCCUUUGUGUAUGAUGCGCGUAUCUCAUUGGUGACGACAUUGCCAACUGAAUCAGAUAUCCCUGAAGAGAUGACGAGCACCAGGUUGUCCUUAUAGGUCUUUCAGUGCUGCCCGACUUGCGCAGACUGUUCUCGUGUUUGUUUGUUCUACUUUAACCUUUCCUCUUUGCAGUGAGAGAUGGAGCCUUCGAGUGCGAGAGUGUGGACUUCAAAGAAGUGGUACCAUGCUAGCAACGUAUUUGCCUCAAUGUGGCCUGCAAGCUGUUUCAGCAAUGGCUGAGCAUAUGCUCACAACCCAAAGUGGUGAGUGCCAGAGCCGGAUGGUUG